UCCUCUCCGGAUCCCCAGGGCCGCCGGUGCGGUGCGUGCGCUCACAGUUCCGCUCUCCUCGCGCGCCCUAGCGCCAAUCCCCGCGCUCGUCGCGCGCCCUAGCGCCGGAUCCUAAAAGAGUCCCCGGCACCAGCAGAGCACUUCUCAGCGGUCCUCUUGACCAUGCCCGGGAAGAGGGCGCGCAAGAGAUCUCAAUCGAGUCCGAAGCGAGCGCCAGCAGAGCUGGAAGGUGGCUGUGGCGCUCAGCUCCCCGGAACGGGACUGCCCCUCCCCGUAUCUGCGGAGUUUUCAGCUGUGGCCCUGGCGGAGAAGUCUGGGAAGAAGGCACAGAAGAAUGCCCAGCCAAGGCCGGCGCGCCCUCUGUCGGAGCUGGAAGUCGAAUGUGCCACUCAACUCAGGAUCAUCGGAGAUAAACUGGAUUUGCGCAGAAAACUACUGAAUCUCAUAUCUAAGUUCUUCAACUUCGUCCCCUGACAUUUUUCUGUGCUAUUUGCUGGACAGACAACUUUUUUUUAAAAAAUACCAUUUCCCCAUCUUGUGCAAGUUUCAUCACUUAUAGGAGACUGCAUUAUCACUGAGAAGACUGUGGAUGAUCAUUUGUGAGCUUUGAGAUGCAUUUGGAAAAGGAUAUGGAAGGACUGGCUGCCGCCACCUGCACUGUUGGCUCCCUAUGUGGGUACCAAUUUGAGUCCUGGCUGCUCCACUUCCAAUCCAGCUCUCUGCUGAUGUGCCUGGGAGAGCAGCAAGUCCCUGGGCCCCUGUACCUACGUGGGAGACCUGGAAGAAGACCCUGGCUCCUGGCUUCAGAUCAGCCCAGCUCUGGACAUUGUGGCCAUUUGGGGAGUGAACCAGCAGAUGUACCCAUGUGGGAGACCCAGAAGAAGCUCCUGGCUCUUGACUCCUGGCUUCUGAUCAGCCCAGCUAUGGGCCAUUUGGAGAGUGAACCAGCAGAUGGAAGAUUCUGUCUUGUCUCUGUCUCUCUCUUUCUCUCUAUAAUUCUGCCUCUCAAAUAAAUGAUCUUAAGAAUAAAAAGAAAAGAAAAAGAGGUGGAAAAUGUUAUAAAGAGUUUCGGGUAGACAUUUCUGAGAAACCAUUUUUGGAAAUGUGAGAACGUAAACCAGUUGUUGAAAGGAAGAAUGUCAGAGCCUUGAUAGUAGGAGGGUAACUACUGCUGCAUUUCUUUUGUUUAGAAAAUUGUUCUAGCGGCUUUUUUCUUGUUGGUGGUAUCUCCAGUGUUUUUGCUGAAGGUUGCUGCCCAGCCUGGCCUGAGAGCAGCUGAGAGAUGACUGACAGGGCAGGAGAGAGAGUGCAGUGUCUUUGCUUUGUCUAGCACAAUGUGUAUUUCUUGAUGUUUAUAUAUUAUCUAGAUACAAAGAAAAAUUUCAUUCUCAGAACACUGAAUAUCAUAGUGAAUGCUGAUUUCCUACGUCACUACAGAAGGUAAAAUAAUUUGAUAAUUCAUUUGUUUUGACUUAAAUCGAUUUGUUCCUGUUCCGAUGACUUUUCACUAAAUGUGUUCCAGUGGGGAUUCAUAGAAAGUAUGGAAAACUGGAAAAUAACUUUGAAAAGAAUUGAAAACAAGUACACAAGAGUUACCUCUUAGCAGUAGAACUCUUACAAAUUUAAUAUUAAAUGAUAAAGAGUAGGAUUUGUUUUUUAUAAUCAGCGAUAAUAGGAACAGGACUCAAUCCUAAGUAAUUUAAUUGAGAUUUAGUAAAACAAGUACUCAGUUAUAAAAAUCUGUAAAAUGCAUUUUGCCACCUGGCUAUGCUAUGAAAACUGAUCUUUCAGGAGAAAUUAUGAAUAUUUUCACAAUUGCAAUAUAAUGUUCUUUAAAAGGGAAAAGAUUGGAGCUGCUAAGGUGGUCCAGCGGGUUAAGCUAGUGCCUGCAAUGCCUGCAUCCUAUAUGGGUGCUGAUAUGAAUUCCAGUGGCUCUACUUCCAAUCUAGCUCUCUGCUAAUGUGCCUGUGAAAGCAUUGGAAGGUAGCCCAAAUACUUGGGCCAAUGCACCCAUGUUGGAGACCCGGAUGGAGUUUCAGGCUCCUGGCUGGGGCCUGGCCCAGCCCUAGCCACUGUGGUCAUUUGGGGAGUGAAAAGGCAGAUGGAAGAUUCUGUGAGUGUGUCUUUCUUUUUCUCUGGUUCCUUCCUUCCCUUCCUCCCAUCCUUUGUGUGGGCUUUACUCUUCCUUUAAUUCUGCCUUUCAAAUAAAUAAAUCUUAUAAAACAAAUAGAAGUCAUGCAGCUGCCUUGGCCCACUCUGCAUCUGGCCUCCUGCCCCUCUCUCCUUCUUUCCCCCAGCAGGUGGAAUUUCCCAUCCCCUAAAAGCCACAGUGUACCUAAUGUUUGUAUCUACCUGUUGGCUGCACACACAAACACCCUACAUCAGUCUCAAAACUAAGCUGUUUGAAGUCAAGAGUGGUUUAUUCCAUGCUUAUAGACCUGUCUAUACCUUCUGCAGGGCCCUGAAAGAAAUACACAUUUGCUAGUUUGUGGCCAUUGCAUGAUUUAAGACAAACAAUGUCUAUUCCGUGCAGAUAAUGCAGGUGAGAAAGGCAAGCAGCAGGUUGUGUUCUGGGGAACAGGAGCUGCCAGGGCUGUGGAGGAGGGGCUUGACCACAUCUGAACUACUCUGCACAUCUGCACAGUGGACCCCAGGUUGUCAGGCCCUAGGACUUGCCCAGAACAGUGAACUCAAGGCUUCUAAUGCAGGCUUCUCGAUUUUUCCACCGUUGGUAACCCAUCAGAGGUUCACAAACCUGCUGCAGACCAACGCUGUGCCCCAACGGGAAGCACAGCCUGAACUGCACAGGUCAACAGAAGACCAUGCGCUGU